UUGACAACAACUGACAUUGAAAGACGAUACUCUUGUUUAUCGUGUUUUUUUUUUCCAUUUUAAAUGUAGUGCAUGACAAUUUACCGAGUUCACCUAAUUUGAAUAAAUAGGUGUAUGUCCGUAAAUGGCUGUCUCUAUUUACUGUCCCAUUUUUUAAGCAAUACAGUAUUUAACAGCUAUGGGAGCUAGUGGUUCUCAGUUCCAAGAUACAUUUUCACAAAUUCUGAACGAUGAACCUAUUAAUUCUUUGCUCUCUGAUGAAAUUCAUCAGUUAACUUAUAAUCAGUUUUUGGAAUUUCUUGGAGAAUUAAAUUUACUAUCAAAAAAAUGUUUGGACUCCAACGGUAAUCAGUUGGUUUUUGCAGUAAAGAAAGAUACUGACUCUACAAUUUUUUGGAAAGCAACAGUUCAAAUUGCAUGUGUGAAAAUUAACUCUGAGACACAAAAAGUAGACACAUUUAGGCUUUUAUCAUUAACGGAAUUUCUAAAAGUUUUUAAAACUUUUAAGUGCCAGGUUGCUGCUGCAGAACAGUCGGAGACAGCAACCGGGCUUUCAGAUUUGACUAUAUCCAACUUUUUGGAUAAAGUUGACAUUGAUUCAAAAACGGGUUCUGAGGAAACUAAUGAAUGUUGCAUUUGCUUUGAAAGAAAACAGGAGAUAAUUCUGCCUUGUGCACAUAGUUUUUGCACACAUUGUAUCGAAGAAUGGAAUGAAAUUCAUGGCACUUGCCCAAUAUGUCGGGAGAAACUAGAAAGUACUGACGAUACAUGGGUGCUCUCAGAAGUUCCUAAAGCUGAGGAAAUCAGUACGGAAAUACGCAAUAACCUUAUGGAGUUGACAAACGAUAGGUCACCCCCGUGUAGCCCUUCGUAAAUACUGUCCUUAAACACUUCUUAAAACAUUUAUAGAUAUUGUUUUUAGUAGUCGUGGAGAUUUGGGCAUUUUUAUAAAAACAGCACUAGUCACGGUAGGCUUAGAUCUGCAAAGAGAAUUUUUAGCAUUGGAAAAAAAUGUUCGGAUUAUUGUAGCAUGACGAUAUAUUACAACAUAAGACAGGUUUAUUUUUAUGGGGAGAUUCUCUGCUCAAACAUUUUGUAAUUCUUAUAAAAUUAUACAUAAUUAUAUGUAGCCAACCAGUUUUAGAAAUUGUAAUAUUAACAAAAAAAACUAUUCGAUUAUUUCAAAUUUUGAUCAUCGUAAAUUCAAACUUAUGCAGUCAGGAUAAAAAUCUGUUUAAUUUAUUCUUUUCAUGCUACGUUUAAAAAGUAAUAUUUGGAAGGAUUGCAUUAUGUGUUAUAUUUACUAAAAAAUUGCAUUUGUUUUUUAAAACAAUUUCGAGAUAUAGUGUAUGUAGUGUUUUUUUGUGUACCUUUACUUUUUUAUCCGGUAUUGCACAGAUCGGGUACAGUGAAACAAUACGAUACGUCAGUACCGGUAUUUUUUGAAGAAUCGUUCUUCUAAUAUGUAUGAUUUAUGGCAUUCCCUAACAGUGAAUGUUGAUGAGAAACCAAUACACAGUUGUUAUAUUAGUUGCUUUACAGUAACGGUAUUUACAGUUUAAUCAAUUCAAUGAAUAGCUUUAAAUUUGAAAGAUUUAUAGUCUGAAUAUUUUUUAAUGUAUGCUUAUUUAAUUGGCAAGUAUUAAAUUUUACAAAUAUGUAAACUUUUUUAAAAUAACUGUUUUCUUUUUUAAUUUUCUGUUAACUUUCAUUAUAUUAUUGAUCUGUUUUUAUUUCUAUAUGCUUUUUAAGACUACUUUUAAUAUUCUUGGAUUUGGGGCAAAGUGAAAGUGAUAAUAGUGUCAUCUAUACUAUUUGUAGUGUAGUUUAAAAAUUAUUUGUUAAAUAUUAAAUGAUAUUGUUAUAAAAUUAACUAUAAUAACACUAUUACACAAUUUUGUUUCAACGUGUCAUGUACGUGCUGUGCAAUGUUGUCUUUUUUUUAUUUCGUGUACUUGUUCCUGAGUAUUUUUAGUAGUGAACGCAUCCUGCAGCUCAUUAGACGUAAUUUUGAGGUGAAGGUUACUUAUGCUAAAUUAGGGAUGUAAUACAGCGAAUCAUAACACAAGAUUACGUUUUGGAGUUGUAGUUUUUCGUCUAAUUUAUACAGCUAUACCUUUUUAAGGGCAGCACAUUCUGAUAAAAGUAAUACAGUAAUACAGGGUGUUUACAAAUUUGAAGAGGACCUACUGACCACA